CAACUGAACAAGGCUCAAGUGAGAAACUGGUUUGCUGCUAUGAAAGAAAGACUCAUUUAACUCUGAUAUUUUAUUCUUUUCCUACAAAUUGAGAACCGAAGAAAUGGAGUUCCUACAUUGAAGCUUAACAGAUGGUUAUUCGUGCUACAUAUCGUGGGUAAUCAACCUGAUCUUUAAAGGGACUGAGUUGUAGCUAAGGAAUUUCGUUGUUUGAAGAACACCAUUUGUUGCAGUUACACUGGACAUGAGUAUGAUUGAUAGGACAUGCUUGAGCCAAGGGAAACUGAUAUACCGGCUUUGUUUCUCGUCUUUGUUCUCCUUCCCCUGCUUACCUAUUUCAUACUAGGAAAAUGUAGUGAGACAUCCAGAAGAAAGGAGAUGAUAAGUUUGAUUGCUAGUGGAGCAGCUGAGGAAGCUCUGCAAGUCGACCAUAUGGCUGUUGGUAGUAUUAUGCCUGCAGUACAUAUGCCAAACAGUGUGAUUCAUCAAUGUGCAAGAUGCUUCGGCCCAGCUGGGACCCGUUGCUCACAAUGCAAGUCUGUUUGGUAUUGUUCCGGAAGGUGUCAGAUCGAUCAUUGGAGGAAUGUUCACAAGCUUGAGUGCCAGCAAUUGGGAAAAGACUGUCUUAGAUCAUCCCUUAAGUGUGGUGCGGAGGAAGUAUCUCGUGCGAGGGUGUUGUGUGGUGAAACUACCGAACAAUGUGCCUCCCAAUACAAAGUCCCGCUUCCUAGCAUUAAUGGUGCCUCUUCAAAGGACUUUGUGUUGCAUCCUCUAACUGCACUGGCUCCUCCAACUACGUCAGGCAUGGGACUAAGUGUAUCUGAGAAAUCUAUCAUUAAUCAACGAUCUGAAGUAAUUGGCGCAUUUCUUACUGGCCAGAUAGACUCCUCGAAAACAGUAGGCGGCGGUGAAGUCUGUGGCAGUAGUUUCACUCUCCCUAUUUUUUCUCAGCCAUCAGAAGAUCCUUAUCUGAGAGAAGGUAACUUUUCCCUCUCAGAAUGUCAUGCUAACAGUCCUCGUGCACCCAAGGAUGGAGCUGAUAGGGUAGAAAUAGAAUGUGGAAAUGCAUUAGAUGGUGGGAUAGUGAACUCGUCAACCGUGGCAAUUAGUGGCACAAAGACUCAUGAGACUCAAGCUCAAAUGACCUUGAGACAAGAUAAAUACCCAUCUCAGAGAAAGAUCCCCUGCACUGAUGAGACCAAAGGCUUGAAUUGCUCUUCUGAAAGGACUACAAUGAAAAGGAGUUGCAAAUCUAAAGUAGUUUCACAUUCUAACGGAAUCGAGCAGCUUAAAUAUCAAAAAUCAAGAAUGACUGUAUCGAAAGAACAACUGUCUUCAGAUGCAGAACCAAAAACUCAAACUGCAAGGGAGUCAGGAGCUACCACUACAAAGGACAACUUCCCCUUGCAGGAAAGUAACCGAGUAGCAAACAUGGACUUGACGAGGACAAAGGGUAUGAAGAAGUCAGCAAAAGUUGACAAUCAUCAACAAUUAGAAGAUAGCACAAUUAAGAAAAGAAAAGUUAACAUGAUUUUCCCCUAUGAAGAAUUUGUGAAGUGCUUUCAGUAUGAAACGUUCAACGUGAGUCCUAGAGGGCUUCUAAAUUGUGGGAAUAGCUGUUAUGCGAAUGCUGUAUUGCAGUGUCUAACAUUCACAAAGCCACUUAUCAUUUACCUUCUUCAUCAAACACAUUCCAGAGCAGGAUGUGCCAAAGAUUGGUGUCUCACCUGUGAGCUUGAGCGGCUCGUAAUGAUGCUGAGACAAAAUGGGGGUCCUCUAUCGCCCGUAAAUAUUCUUAUGUAUAUUAGAAGUCUUAAUGCCCAGAUUGGUGAUGGAAGUCAGGAAGACGCUCAUGAAUUUUUAAGGUUUCUCGUGGCCUCGAUGCAAACAAUAUGUCUCGAGGGUUUUGGUGGGGAAAAGGCUGUUGAUCCCAGGCUGCAGGAUACAACUUUCAUACAACAUACAUUUGGUGGAAGUCUCAGAUCAAAGGUAAAAUGUUUGAGAUGUCAACAUGAAUCUGAGAGGUACGAGAAUAUGAUGGAUCUUACGCUGGAGAUAUUUGGUUGGGUCAAGUCGUUGGAGGAUGCACUAACGCAGUAUACCAGCUCAGAAGAUCUUGAUGGGGACAAUAUGUAUAGAUGUGCAAGGUGUGCUACGUACGUUCACGCUCAGAAGCAACUACACAUAAAAGAGGCUCCAAAUAUCCUCACUAUAGUAUUGAAGAGAUUUCAGGAAGGGAACUAUGGCAAGAUAAAUAAGUGCAUAACUUUUCCUGAAAUGCUGGAUAUGAUUCCAUUCAUGACCGGCACGGAUGACAUUCCCCCACUCUACAUGCUCUAUGCUGUCGUUGUCCACCUGGACACAUCCAACGCAUCGUUCUCUGGUCACUACAUCUCGUACGUGAAAGAUCUGCAGGGUAACUGGUUCAGGGUUGACGACACUGAGGUUCAACCAGUCGAACUGAGUCAUGUCAUGUCUGAAGGAGCAUAUAUUCUGUUCUACAUGAGAUCGAAUCCGCGCCCUGCUAGAAGUGGCAAGUCCAGCCAGCAUCAGGCGGCUUGCAAUGGCCUGUCGAAGGGCCAACCAAACAACCUCGUUGGAAGGGAGGCAAAUGGGGUGCUGAUAAGAGAAAUCAGAAGCAGGGCGUCGAGUCUGAGUAACUACAUGGAGUUCUCGGAUGCUACGUCGAGCGACUGGUCCGUGUUCACGAGCUCCGACGACUCAUCGUUCACAACGGAGAGCACAAGGGACUCGGUAGACCACGGGGACUUGGCGUUCUCAUCCAUCUUCCAGUCGAUGUACCCAGUGGAUUCGCCAUCGAGGAGGACUGUCUCGUGCAGCAAUGCCCUUUCAAGUGUAAGUUAUGGUAGUGGGGAGUGGAAAGGAGGAGUUCCUCAAACUUCUUCUGCUGAUUGUAGGAUAUGGUGAUGAAGAAGGUACCUAGGAUUUUUAAUAAUCUUCUGAAUUUGCUAAAAGUAGCUAGUUUGACAGGAUGGAUGCCUCAUAUUUUUGGUUUCCAAUAUUGGCAUGGGGCAGAGGCUGGAUAUGAUUAAUUAUCAAUUAAUUCUAACCAUGGACAUGCAAAUUAUUUA